AUGAAACCGCGAUGUUUCAAAGGAGUAAAAUCGUUUUCUGCUGAUAAUCGUGCUAACAAAAAAGCUUGGAUUACGACAGAAGUUUCUAAAAAUUGGCUUUUAACAGUUAAUGGGGACAUGCAACGACAAAAGCGGAAUGUUUUACUAUUUUUAGACAAUUGCACUGUUCACAACAUUCCUCCUACAUUGUCUAACGUGGAACUCUACUUCUUUCCGCUAAAUACAACUUCCAAAUUGCAACCAUUGGACCAAGGGAUCAUUCAUAAUUUUAAGACGUUCUAUCUCAAAGAAAUUGAAACAGAAAAUCUUCCAAUUCUUAUGGAUGAUAAAGAAUCAGCAAUAGAACCGUUAGUUGAUAUCAGCGGUGGGAGUUUUUCUGACUUUGUUCAAGUGGAUGAGAUGUUGCUGUCUCAGGUUCACUAA